AGACUAUAAUCAAAUGAGCAUAUACCGAAGAUUCAGAAACUCUUCUCAGGGGGUACAGAAUACUACCGGUGAACAGCACAAAGUGAGGGUAAACAAAAUCACAGUCUGCCAAAAGUUUCUCAAUCUCUUUGCAACUCCGAUUUUUCAUCAAAUACUUGUAGUUUGAAACUCAAACACACUAUUCCGUGGCAACUGCGCUGCCUUCUCGUCAGUCGACUCGACACCCUAACUCUCUUACCCAAUUUCAGAACAGGAGGGGGGUUGUGAAUAUAAGGAUAAAAGGAAUAAAACUUUCGUCUCUCGUCAUGUACAAGCAGUCAACAGGUUGUAGGAGCAACAGAUCAAGAAAGUUUAAGGCGAAGCAUGUUCUUCAAAUCUCUGUGUUGCUAGCUCUAUGCUUCUGGUUUAUUUACCAAGCCAAACAGUCACACGGAAAAAAGACUCAGUCUGGCGUUGGAAAUGAUCCGAAGAUGUCACAAAAGACUGGCAAUGUCCAUGAAGCACCAAAAUUAGGAAGAAAAGACCUUCCCCAAUCAAACGAAACAGAUAAGAGUAAUAAGAUGGGUGACAAUGAAGUGGAAGAUGGUGAAAUAGAGAGAAAUGAAAAUGAAGCACAACCUGAGAAGCUGUAUAAAGCUGAUGAUGCUUCGAGCGAAGUAACUCACAUGAUUAUAAGUGGUCAAAUUUCUGGGGAAAGCUCUACCUUGCCAAACACAACUUUGGAGCCAAGCAGAGGUAGUUCCUCUUUGGUUGUCAAGAAUAUUCUCUUAGAUUCCUUAAUCGAAACAGUAUCAUCUUCUGUUCCGGAGAAAACCAUACAAGGUCAUCCUAGGUUCCCAACACAGGACGACAGGUGGUCCUCAACAAUGGCUCAUGAAAUACGCGGAGUAGGGUUUGAGGCCUCAAAUAACGAGCAUAUAGGUGAAGUUCCAGAUCUUAUUGACACCGAAGAUGUAGAAGAAAUACAAACAGAAGAGAGUAUUAACACGGAAGAUAGUGCAGCUAAAUGAUACUACGUACACGGUAAAACGCUCUCACCUCUUUAAUCAUGCUCAAAUUGUUGUUUGUGUUGUUGUUGUUUUUAUUGCGCAAAUGGGUUACAAUUAUUGCUUUGACACAUCUCCAUACAAACUACCAAAUAUUUACUAAUAUAGUAAUGUAUCCUAUGUGUUUAUAAUUGUAAAAAUAAAUGUACUAUUUUCCGUUGGAGUAUUAUGAGUUUACUUCAUUUGGAAUAACUUGGGCAGGAAUAGUUUAUAUUUGUUUCUAAAUAGAUAUUCCAUAUAACAUGUUAAAUUUUACACUAUUUACAUGCUCUAAAUGAUAGAGACACUUGCAUUA